GCGCCUGGCAGGCCGCGGGCUUCGAGAGCGGAAGUGAGGGAGGCUUUUCCGCUUCCCUCGGGGGGACCCUCGGCGCCUCGGCCCGGGCCUUUUGGGUCGGUCCCCUGUGUGGGCGGCGGGCAGGGCGUUCGUGGGAAAGAUGGUGGGGCUUGCGGGGCUUUUCCUCUCCUUCGUCCUCUCGUCCCCAGUCCUCUGCGGGGAGCCUGGCGUGCGGAAACCGCAGGCGGAAGUGCCUAAACCAAUUGACGUUACCAUAGAAUCAUACAACUUCAAUACCUCUGUACACUGGAAUUACCAAGGCGGAUCUUCAAAGCCUCUCUUUAUUGUAGAAAAGCGCUGCUAUGGUUUUGGCAGCAACAAUUGGACUGAAGUUGCCAACUGUGUGAACAUAUUGCAGCAUUAUUGUGAUCUUACACACAAGAUAGAACAAUGUGAUUUUUUCUGGGCCAGAGUCAAAGCUCUUGAUGGACUACAUGAAUCUAACUAUACAACAUCUGAUGUGUUUACUGUAAUCAGGAAUGGUAAAAUAGGGCCACCGAAGCUUAACCUCUCCAUUGUUAAUGAUGAGAUCCAUGUUAAUAUUGAAAAUCCUCUCACUCCAUAUCGCAAGAAAUACCCACUUAGCGUAGCAGCAAACCUCACAGAUUUCACCUAUGAGGUGUUCCUUUGGGAAAAGGGGAGCCGUGAGAAGCGCACAACAUUUAUGUUAGACGAGUGUCCACGUAGAAGAUGUACUAAAAACCUCCAUGUUCCAUCAUGGGAUGCUUCAUACUGUGUUUCAGCUCAGGGCAUUUCAGUUUCAAAUGAUGUGAUAGGGGAAGAAUCAGAAGAAAACUGUAUUAGUUUUCCACCUAAACAGUCAUCAGGUUCAACAGUGCUUAUAAUUGUGGGUGUUUUUGUCUUACUUCUUGUGCUGAUCGUUCUCAUAAUAGUCUAUGUAUGUGCAUAUAAGAAGAAAAUUAAACUUCCCAAGUCUCUGGUUUCUGUGGUAAGGAGCCAAGUCAGCAGCAGUUUUGACAUAAAACCAGAAGGCAAAUAUAUCUCUGUUGUAACUUCAUCGUCCUAUAAGCCAGUGUCGCCGGAAUGUGAAGAUGAAAAAACAGUGGAACACGUAGAUUUUGUAACAGAGGAUAAGAUCGUUCACCUCAGUAACAGUGGCAAAGAAGUAUAUGCUGAUGGCUCGCAAGACAUUUUAAGUAAAGCAAGUGGCGAGAUGAACAUUGAAGAAGUUGUAGUGGUGGACAUCACUGGGGGUGAACAAGACUCAGACAAUUAUUUUCAAUCUGUCAGUGGCCAACAAGAGAUGUGUAAUAAUCUCCCAACUCUGAACCUUCCGUGUGCAGAUGUGCAACAGCCUAAAACUCAAGGAAGCUGCAGGAACAUAGGUGGGUAUGAUAAACCUCAUUGGCAAGAUGCACACCCUGAAGGAGAAUCACUGGUUACUUAGAUGCCCAGUUAUGAGCCUGAAGCACAUGGGCGCCAUUUAUCUUACAAGAGAGAAACAUCAAAAACUGUAAGCGGUUUCCUGGCUAUUGCAAGUAUCCAUGGUGGAUAUGGAUAAAAAGUUUGAUCCAACUUAAAAGGAUAGCCAAAGAGACUUCAAAUCAUUGCAUCCGAGACUUGCACUUUCUUCUUUUAAAGAAAUAACUGAGGUCUGUAGACCUGCGAGCAGUAGUCUCCAGCCUUUUAAAGGUCAUGGGGAUUUUAUUGCUUUGCUGUGUGAGAAUGCUUUUUGGGGCAGAACAUGUAACACUGGAAGCACUGCAAGUUCUUGAAGUGAAUGUACUGCAGAAAUCCUUCUUGAGGCCUCUCAUAUUGUGUCUCGUUGCCAAUGCUCUUCCCUCACCCCCAGUGUGGACUGGGAUACACUCGUGGAGAAAAGAGACUGGUGGACAGUACAGCCACUCUUCCCAUAUAGCAUGCUGCAGAUGGGAGAUGAAACAAGCAUGACAGUAGCAGUCACGUGGCCAAGCAAUGUAUGAAAGGAGAGCAGAAAAGGGCACACUCAUCAUCAUCAUCACCACCCGAUGCUGACAGUGGUUUAACAACAUAUAGCAUGUUCAGAUAACUGAGUGAUACUAGGGUUUUGCCAUUCAUAAAGUGUCACAGUUUGUAUAUUUUGCCAUGUGGGGGAUGACUAUACAGUAUUUUGAUUCAAAUAUAUACUGAUUUGAUUCAAACCAGUGAUGUAUAUAAAAUUUUACAUAAUUCAAAUGGAUGGGCGGGGGAGAAUCCUUCAGGCUUUUCUUUCUGCAAGGAUCCAAUAAAAGAUAUGUCAGCACUCUAA